AUGCAGGCUCUGGCAGAACUAAAACACAAGAUCUCUAUCCGAAAUCUUCUAUCCUCCAGUAGCCCUCUGGCAAUGACGAUAUCUCUCCCGUUGAGUAACCUGAAUCCUUCUAGUGCUCCUCCCCGGGUCCCACAGAGUCCACUCGCGCCGAUCUGGAGACAAAUUCAUCCACCAAUGACAAAACAUCACCCCAGAAUCUCUCGAAUUCACCUGGCGUGGGGGCAGAUUUCUGCGCUCGCCUCGGUUUUCAUCCCGGACUCUUGCCGAGUUCCCCGCGUGGGAUCUGGCGAUGUGGGGGGAGGAGACGUGACAGCAGUGUGA